ACGAACAGCAGCGCAGAGCUCGAACAGAGCUCCUCCUCCCCCCUUUUCAUGGCGUGUCCCUCGAUUUUACCCGCCGCGUCGUCGUCUUUCCACGGCCAGCUCCUCCGCCCCGUGGCGCCGCCGCCGUCCGUCGUGCGAGCGGGCCGGAGGAGCGCGAACGGCGGCAUGUCGGUGAGGGCUUCGGGCGCGGUAGUGCUGGUGGAGAAGUCGGCGGCGGAGAAGACGCAGAGGCUCAAGGCGGCUUACCUCGAGAAGAUCGUGCCCUUGCUCAAGGACGAGUUCUCUUACGCUAACAUCCAACAGGUUCCGAAGAUUGAAAAGGUCGUGGUGAAUUGCGGUAUUGGGGAGGCUGCUCAAAAUGCGAAGGGGCUGGAUGCGGCCAUGAACGAUAUGGCGCUUAUUACGGGGCAGAGGCCUAUAAAGACGCGGGCUAGGGUCUCCCUCGCCCAAUUCAAGAUCAGAGAAGGUCAACCGCUCGGUAUCGCGGUCACUCUCCGGGGAAAUGUGAUGUACUCAUUCCUGGAUCGGCUGAUCAACUUGGGGUUUCCCCGGACAAGAGACUUCCAAGGAUUAAACCCAAAUAGCUUUGAUGGAUAUGGGAAUUACAGUGUUGGCAUCCAAGAUCAGAGUGUUUUCCCGGAGAUCAGGUUUGAUGCAAUAGGCAAACCGAGGGGGAUGGAUGUGUGCAUCACAACUACCGCAACAACAGAUCAGGAGGCUCAAAGGCUGUUGGCUCUGAUGGGAAUGCCGUUCAGAGAAGGCGGCGGUUCGGCAGCUUUGCCCCGGAAGAAGAAACUGAGGAAACAUCACUUCGAUUCAAAAUCAAAAGGGAGGUCCAGAAGAUAGGAUCCUUUGGCUUAAGUGGCUUGGGAUUUUGUAUAACGGUCAUUUGUAUUGAUGUCUUUUCGAGUUUGUGCCAUCGGCAGCUGGAGCAAUUGGUGAUCCUUUUGAAAAGUGAUUAGAUA